UCUAUAUUUUAUUUAAACAUAUCACUAUCAGAUUGCUUUGUUUUGACUGGAACGUUAAAUAUGAUUUCAUAUACUUAAGUCAGUACCUGUUCCAUCCAAGAUGGUGGGCAUUGACUACUGUACUAAUAUAGUGACAGAUGCCUUCAUUAUUUUUAAGUCGAUGAAGAACCUAUACAUUGUAUGCUGAUGUAACCAUUUCCUGAAUUUGCAAGUACAAUCUAAAUGAUGCUGAAUCGGAUUGUUUGUCGCCCUUCCAUCAGGCCAUGCAGAUACUGUAUAUCCUGCUUUGAUAUAUUGAGUUCAGGGGUCACAACAAAUGCAUGCAUCUUUUUUUAUUUUACUUGACUUUUGUGCUGAACCCAGGCCCUGCAGAGUGUGGUGAAAUGGAUACUUACAGGCUACGGUGCCCAUUCCAGUUCUAGCCCGUUUAAAAGCCUGAUAUGCAGUAGGAUCUGGCUGAUGGCUUCACAGUGUGGCUAGUAAUUGGAGAUGGAGCAGUGCAGCUCUAAGUCAUUACAUGCUGAUUCAGUGGUGUGAUGCAAGGCCUAUUCACACGAGCUCCAUGUCCAUCUAUACACUCCACGUUAUCUACUUCUUUGAGGAUGCUUCUCUGGGUUUCUUUUUUUGCUAUGGAUAAGCCUGUUAAAACUCCCUAUCAAACCAAUAGGGAUUUAUAAAACAAACCUGUUCACACACAAUUAUAAUGAAAUACUAACUAGGAAGAGUAUAAUUAAUUUGCCCCAAUAAUCAAAACAGAAAGGGAACUUUUUUCAUCAUGACAUAAAACUUGAACAUUCUAUUUCAAGGUCUGCUUGUAAACUGCUUAUCACCAUUAAUGACAUAUUUUGUUAACCAUAUACAUGCAUAAGCCUGAUCCUCUCCAUCAUAAUUUAUUUAUACAUAUACAAAUGACAUUGAAUGAUUUACAAACCGUUAUAAUAGUUAAACUAUUAAAUAAUGAAUUCUAAGCAGUUUAAAUGCAGACCUCCAAAUAAAGUGAACCCAUACACCCAACCAUAUUCAGCCAGCAGUUGUGCGCUGAAGAUUUUUCCACCCUGAUUUCAUAAAGGAGUAGCCUGUGCCCUGACUCUCAGCUAAUCUAGGAGUUAUGAAGCUUGUACUGAGGCAGUGCCAUUGCACCACUAAAUCCAUGUAAAUCCUGUGUGACGAGGAAGUAUGAACAUGCGCCGUGUGUUAAUAGUACACCAGGAAGUGCAAGCUGAAGGAACUUCCCCCUUCCCCCCUCUUUUCUGUUGUUCUUUGCUGUCCCUUGAACUCUAAUCUAGUUUGCGGCCAGUGGACACUACCAGCCUCAAGAGUGGCACUACUCUCAUGUCCACAAUGCCAUCCUGGGCCCCUUUGGAGAGCUGAUGAUGGAGGACGACCUCAUCCGCAUUGAGAAGCAAAUCGAGAACCUGCAGGUCAUGCACAAGGUGACGGAGGUGGAAAAGGAACUGGAAGAGUUGGAGCGAGAGCUUCAACAACUUCUUCCCGUGUCUGCCGCCCUCAACCAGGAGCACUUCUACAUCAACCCCAAGCAAGUUCAUGGGCAAGCGGAAGAUCUGCCAGCCUGGUGCAGCAAAAUCUCAACGCUGCUCAAGAGCAUGGCUAUUCUCCUGGCCACCCUGGGAGGCAAGACGAUAGACAUCUUGGAUUUGAUAUCUCCCGGAUAUGCUCAGGAGGAAGGGAGUAACAAUAGGAUGGGCCAGAUGACCCCAGCAGGAUCCAUUGCCACUGGGGUCAUCGGACGAUCCCAGUCGUUCUCCACUAGGGAGGAGGUGGAGAAGGAGAUCAAGCAGUGUGGCGUCUCUGUGAAGAACCUGAAGGCCAACUAUGAGAUUCAGAACCAGUUCCAGUUUGCUGAUGACAAAACGAACCGGGUGUACAAGCGCAAGAGGUCCCUCCCUGCGGUGAGCGAGUCCAGUUAUCUCCCCGAGCCGAUUCAGGAAGAUGAGGUCCCGUGUUCCCCUGCAGAGGUCCUCCAGUCCCCUAACAAUGGAGACUUUUCUCCAGUCCAGGAAUCUCUGCCUCUGGUGGAGGAACCUGUAAUCAUGCCAUCUCAUGCUCCUCUUACAUACCAGUCUUCUGAUGUGAUCCCUCAGUCUGAUCAGUUCAACCAGGUUCUGUCUACAGACCCUAUACUGAACCACGAGCAGCUGACUCGGAGCCUGGAGGUGCAGACGGACAUGAGCUACGUCCAAGAGUGCAUUGAGAUGAGGAAGGAGCGGAUCGUCUUCUUGUUCCUGGAACACUGGCGAAAGUACACCCUCUCAGAGUCCUACAGGCCAAAGUACACAGCCAAACGGGGAAGUCUAAGGGUGGGUCUGGACGACUAUAACCGGUUCACUGCUGAUCUGGAAGGAGACACACCGAGUGAGGAUGACAAAACACUCCUAUUCAUGAAGUCCAGGCAAGUGGUAGGGAACCUGAUUGGCCACUGGAGGACCAUCAUGAGCCAGGUGCCCACUCGCCAGAUCCGCCGGCUCAGUCGGGCCCAGAUGAUCUACUGGCCGGAGCAUUUCCUGCCACACGUUAAUGGAGCACCGGUCAGCUACGAGACCCUAACCCUAGACCUCUUUAUGCUGGGCUACUUCCAACUCCUAGAGAUGAGCAUGUCACGCAGCGAGCGCAAGUUCCGCCACCUACUGUGCUACGAGAUGUUCGACCGCCUCGGAAGCUACAGCUGGGAGCUGAUUCGCCAGUUCCACCGUGAGGUCAUGGAGGAGAUUGAGCAAGGGAAGCGGGACUGGGCGGACAGCUUUGAAGACAUAAAGCAAAAGUACUUUGGUGAUUCUGCGGAUGGGGGAGGAAUGAUGACCGCCUCGCUACUUUCAAUUGCUCCUGAGGCGUCGGUUGUGCCAUUCCAGGUGCCGUUGCCUGCCCCAGAACCAAACAUGUAUUUGCCUUCGAUUGCUGUACAGGAUAGUGUCCAGCUUACUGCUCAGGACUGCAUUAACCAUGCAGAGCAGAGUGCAGUGAAGGACACUGUGGAGGACACUGUUCAGGCAGAUGUGAACACUUCUGAGCCGAGUCCAACGAAGGGGCCUAUUCAGGAUGCUGUGAAGACUGAAAGUGUAGCACAAGAGAGUGUUCCAAAAGACAGAGUUCAGACUUCUGUGCAGGAUUCAGCGCAGAAAACUGGGCAGGAUACUGUUCUGGAGGCUUUGCAAGACUCAGUAGGCCAGGUUGUGACAACUGAGACCACAGUACAGAGUGUAGGGAAGUGUGUGACGCAGGACAUUGCACCUGCUCCACUUCAAGUCACCAUAGUCACACCCGUAUAUGAACCUCCGCACAGAGAAGAGCCCAAUGAAGACUCAAUCAAACUGAUCUACGAACUGAAAGAGUUCAGCAAUGAGGAGAUCAGCAGGUACAUUGAGCGCAGCUUUGCCUUCUGGAAGGAAAAGGAAGCUGAACUGUUUGAUAUCUGACCAUCAGCGAUAAGCAGAAGAUAUGUGGAAUACUCUUUACACAAAAGUGUUAGGCUAAACAUGCUUGGACAAAGCAGGCAACAAAGCCACGAGGGAAAGUGUCAAGGAAACUAUCCUCCUAUGUGGAACAUGCUAGGGAGAGAGCUAAUCUGUGUUUUAGCCUUGAGGCCUCAGAUAACACAAGGAACUGUUACAUGGUUUCAGUAAGGAAAGGAGCAUCCAGCCUGUGAUUGGAUGUCCGGCAGUCAAAUCACUUUGUCUUGUCAACCACUGAUAUGCAAAAAAUGAUCAGAUGUAAUGAUACAGUGGAAGAGGGAGUGCUCUAAAUGCACUACCAGCAAUGACUCCCUGAAUUCUAAUUAGUCUUUGGAACAAAUAUUUUUUAUUCCAAGUUUCUUAUCUAUUAUUGGUUUGCUACAGUAGUUUUUUGAUAUCCAAAGACAGGCCCUAAUGUAGUGUGUGAGGUGGUUUUUCAUCCAAAUGUAAUAUUUAUUUUUACCUUUAUUUAACUAGGCAAGUCAGUUAAGAACAAAUUCUUAUUUACAAUGACGGCCUAGGACAUGUUAUACAUAAGGACAUGUUAUACAUAAGCAAGUCCGUUUGGACAUAAUGCAACCUACUGUAUGUAACAUAAUUUGAUCAAACAGGAAUAAUGCAGAUUUUUUUUAAUGUGAUAAUGAAGAGUUGGGCGAGGUGCCCCCUGACACCCCCCCAAGAAACUGCACCCGUGGCAUGCUCGAGUGUCAUUCUAAUGAUAUUUAUUAGAGGUCGACUGAUUAAUCGGAAUGGCCGAUUAAUUAGGGCCGAUUUCAAGUU